AUGCUCGUGCUGGCACUACAUCUGAACACUGCUGAAGAUUUCCAGUGGACAAAGAUUAAUCCCAGCUCCUUCUAUUACGGCACUUUUCCACCUGGCUUUUCAUGGGGCGUUGGAAGUUCUGCGUAUCAGACUGAAGGGGCCUGGGACAUGGACGGGAAAGGACCAAGUAUCUGGGAUGCUUUUACUCACACAAAAGGGAAAGUGUUCAGAAAUGAAACGGGAGAUGCAGCCUGUGAUGGCUACUACAAAGUUCAGGAUGACAUUCAGCUACUGAAGGAGCUUAACGUUAAUCACUAUCUACUCUCUAUCUCAUGGCCUCGGAUUAUGCCCACUGGCAUCAAAACAGAACUGAAUGAGAAAGGAAUACAGUUCUACAAUGACACAAUCAACAGUCUUCUGGAAAGCAGCAUUAUCCCCAUCGUGAGCCUCUACCACUGGGAUCUUCCACAGGUUCUCCAAGAAAAGUAUGGUGGCUGGCAAAAUAUAAGCAUGAUAAAUUAUUUUAAUGAUUAUGCCAACCUAUGCUUUGAAAAGUUUGGUGACCGUGUGAAGCACUGGAUUACUUUUAGCAAUCCAUGGGCAGUUGCCGAAAAAGGUUAUGAAACAGGAGAGCACGCACCAGGACUGAAGCUCGGUGGAUGUGGAGCGUACAAAGCAGCGCACCAUAUAAUUAAAAGUCAUGCAAAAGUUUGGCACUCUUACAAUAACAGUUGGCGUAGUGAGCAGCAAGGUAUGGUUGGAAUUUCCCUAACCACUGGCUGGGGUGAACCCAUUGAUCCUCACAGCCAAGCAGACAUCGAUGCAGCUGAAAGAUACAUACAGUUUCACUUGGGAUGGUUUGCAAAUCCAAUUUACAGAGGAGACUAUCCAGAAGCGAUGAAAAAUUAUGUAGGUAGGAGGAGUGCCCAGCAGGGCCUGGGGACAUCAAGGUUACCGACUUUCUCAGUGCAAGAGAAAAUUUAUAUUAAAGGCACAUCGGAUUUCCUGGGAAUAGGCCAUUUCACUACCCGGUAUGUUACACAGAAGAGCUUUCCAUCUCUACAAGUGUCCAGUUACCACAUGGACCAGGAUCUGGCAGAACUGGUGGACCCAAAAUGGCCAGCUCCAGGCUCGAAGUGGCUAUACUCUGUGCCCUGGGGAUUCAGAAGAUUGCUCAACUUCAUUAAGACACAGUAUGGGAACCCUCUCAUUUAUGUGACAGAGAAUGGAGUUUCAGAAAAGGUACAGUGCACUCAACUGUGCGAUGAAUGGCGGAUAGAGUAUCUGAAAGGAUAUAUUAAUGAAAUACUAAAAGCUCUCAAUGACGGUGUUAAUGUAAGAGGCUAUACUGCCUGGUCUCUGUUGGAUAAGUUUGAAUGGAACAAAGGUUUCUCUGAAAGAUUUGGAUUUUAUCACGUUGAUUUCAAAAACAAGGACAAACCACGAUACCCAAAAGCAUCUGUUGACUACUAUAAAAAUAUUAUUAGCGCAAAUGGCUUCCCAAAUCCAAGAGAGGUGGAAAACUGGCAUCAAAAGGCCAUGGACACUUGUUCUAUCACACACCAGCUCCUUGAUGCAGAUUCCUUGGUUACUCAUAUGGAAAUGGUGACAGAGAUCAUUCUUCCUACAAUUUUCACGCUCUGCAUACUCAUCAGUAUUGUCCUACUGCUCUUCUUCCUUCAAAAUCAUAGCUAA